AUGCCGGAUACAUCUGCAAACCAAGACACUUCUCAGUCCAGAUCCAGUCCUGCUGGAACUAUUCCAAAAUUCUUUUUUAAAAAGCAGGACAGUUCUAGUGCCAUUAGACUUGAACUAACAAGGCUGUCGCUUCUGACCCUCCAAGACAAGCACGGAAAGUCUAUAUUGUCAAAUGAUGAGUUGGAUAAACUGUGGAUAUGUCUAUGUUCUCAUGCAACUAUACAAUCCAAUGAUAAAUCCCAGAGAGUAUCGUUUGCACAGUUUCAAGCUGUUGAGGAGGAUCUGGAUACAAAGUAUGCACAGUUCUUCAAACCAUCGCUAUUUCUUCGUUUUUCUAGAGAUGAUCAGGGUCGUAUUGAUAUUCUUGCCUUUUUUAACUUUGUCCUCCGUAAAGUUUCGUUGAUGCAGGCUCGUGCCGAUUUAAGCAUAUACGAUGAAGAUGCAGAUGGAUAUCUGACCGAAUUCGAAUUACAAACAUAUAUCAAGACUAUUAUGCCUACUCUCAAUCUGCGCAACAUUAGUGCACCUUUUGAGAAAUUUUACAUCUGUACUGCUGUUCGCAAAAUCUUGUUUUUUUUGGAUCCAUUGAGAAGAGGUAAAGUGGCCAUAGAAUGCAUCUUGCUUUCACCCAUUCUUACAGAGCUACUAGAGCUUCGCGACCCAGAUCUUCCACGAGAGUAUGAACAGACCAAUUGGUUUUCAUCUUACUCUGCUUUGAGAGUAUAUGACACAGAUAGAAACGGUAUGGUGAGUAGAAAGGAGCUCUCAAAAUAUCGGUCUCAGACCUUAACUGGCAUGUUUCUAGAUCGAGUUUUUCAAGAAAAUCAAACAUAUAAUAACGAAAUGGAUUUCAACGCCUAUCUCGAUUUUGUUCUUGCAAUGGAAAAUAUGCGAUCUCCACAAUCAAUUACAUACUGCUUUAAACUGCUGGAUAUUUACAGUCGUGGAUAUCUUGACGAAAACAUCAUUUCUACAUUUUUCCAAGAGGUAUCCAAAAAACAAGAACUGUUGGGAUAUGAACUAGUUCCAGCCAAAGAUAUUGUAAAUGAACUGUUUGAUAUGGCUCAUCCAAAAGAUUUAACUCGAAUUACACUCCAAGGUGAGAUUUGGAUCAAUAAUUUAAUUAUGAAUCCUGCCAAUUUACCGAGUCUGUCUGAUGAAUCAACUUUAGAUCUGAUAGAAUGCGGAAUGGGCGGAACGUUUAUCAGUAUUCUCUGUGAUUGCAACGGUCUCCAGACAUAUGAGUCUCGAGACGAGGCAAAAUAA